UGUGUAGUGCGAUAGAAGCAGAAGAGCAACACACGGUGCAGAUCUGUGCUUUACCCCCUUUCUCCUCUGCUGACCCCACUUCUUGGCUCUGUGAGAGCCGGUGGAAGUUCUGCUGUGGCACUCCACGGGGCCAAGGAGCUAACUAACCUCCUGCUGUGGUGAAACAUCUCUGUAGAGGGAUAAACUGCUGGUUUAUCCCUGUUGGUGUAUUUUGGCUGCCCUGAAGACACUGGCAUAACCAGAGGACAACACCUCUGUGGCACAACUAUUUCUUCCCCGCACAAACGCCGGCAUUGCCACAGGGAUUUCGUACUGAUAUGAAGUCCCGCUUGGUCCUCUGACAAGACCUUACUAUUUUCACCUUGGAGAGGAGAACUUAGCCACUGGGAAAGACUCUGAUGCUGGUACUGCAAUGCUGACUUCCAGCUUGACCACUAUGAAGAAUCUUCCUUCGAAGAAGAGGAUCUAUUUCCUGCUGAAACUUGUGUGCUUUGUCAGCUCCGUGUUAAUGUUUUGUGAAUUUUUAAUUUACUAUGUGGUAAUUUUUCAAUGUCAAUGGCCAGAAGUGAAAGGUGGAGCUCACACAGGUAACACAGAGACUUCAGCUUCAGUCCUGAAGGCCAUAAUUUUAGCUGAUACUCACCUGCUUGGUGAAAUCAAAGGACAUUGGCUGGACAAAUUACGAAGGGAAUGGCAAAUGGAGAGAUCUUUCCAAUCUGCCAUGUGGUUACUGCAACCAGAUAUUGUUUUUAUUCUGGGAGAUGUCUUUGAUGAAGGAAAAUGGAGCUCACCUCAGGCAUGGGCUGAUGAUGUCAGGAGAUUUCGCAAAAUGUUUAAGUAUCCAGCUUCUACUGAACUGGUGGUUGUCGUUGGAAAUCAUGACAUUGGAUUUCAUUAUGAAAUGACCACAUACAAGGUAAAGCGAUUUGAAAAAGUUUUCAACUUUACUUCAGGAAAGCUAAUAACUCGAAAAGGAAUAAACUUUGUCGUAGUGAACAGCGUAGCCAUGGAGGGUGACGGCUGCGCUAUCUGCAGUACCUCAGAGGCAAAGCUUGUGGCGCUUUCUCACAAACUGAAUUGCUCCCAGCAGAACUGGAAUCAUUCCAACAAAGGGUGCAGUGACGUGGAAAAGCUUCCAGCUUCGGAACCAAUCCUUUUACAGCAUUACCCUUUCUAUCGGAAAAGUGAUGCUGAGUGUAGUGGAGAAGAUUCUGCCCCUCCAGAGGAGAAGAACAUCCCAUUUAAAGAGAAGUACGAUGUACUGUCUCAGGAGGCAUCGCAAAAGCUGCUAUGGUGGUUUCGUCCCCGUCUGAUUCUCAGUGGGCACACCCAUAGUGCUUGUGAAGUGCUGCAUGCGGGGAAAAUUCCAGAGAUCAGCGUCCCAUCGUUCAGUUGGAGGAAUAGAAACAAUCCUAGUUUCAUCAUGGGCAGCAUAACACCAACUGACUUCUCCCUCCAAAAAUGCUUCCUUCCGCAUGAGAGCACAGUCUUUACUAUAUACUGUGCAGCAGGUGCUCUGCUCGUAAUCCUGAUACUAGCUCAUUUUCAGCUUCUCACUCCACCAUUUUAUUUUGCUCAGCAUUUAAUCAGUAAGCAUAAAGCAGUAUGAAGAGCCAAACAUCUGCAUUCAGUCACUGAAAUACCAAAGCUGAGAACAGUCAAACAUCAGACUAUAUUCAUGCCAGCAAAUGACCUAAUUUGAUUGCUAGUCUGAAGGCAGGUUGCAUUUACACAUACCAUAGAAGUCCUAUACAGCUGAUAUGACUACUACAGGAUAAAUAAUUAACCAAAAUGAACGUUUCAUGCUGUACAAAAAUACUGUAUUCUACAAUCAAAUGAGUCCUUUUCCUGCUAUAAUUUUUGUAUCAAAUAUGUAUAUUAAAAGUUUAACUGUACAUUAUGUAAAUCCUAUAGCCUCAUCACUUAUCUGCACUAGUGUCUUACCCUGGUGGAGGCUCAGUCCUGCAAACUGGAAACGUUUCUCUGUUUUAUUGCUGCAUGGCCCUUCUAAUGUCAUAGGUCUGUUUGUUAGGGUCAGGCAGAAGCUAGAUACAUCAGCACUGAGAGAUGCAGAUUUCCGUAACCUUUAUAGGAUGUCAUAUGUAAGGGACUGUAGUUUGGGACAAGAAAUCUUCCAGUUCCUGACAUAUUAAACUGUUAGCUGACUACAAAUUGCAGUUAUCGCCUACCAGACAACAACAGGAAGAAGCCUCGCAGAUCCAGUUUGCUGAUACACACCUGAAACCUGCUUUAAAAAAAAAAUAAAUUAGGGCGACACCUCAAGCUGCUAUUUUUAAAAAGAUGUGCUAUGAUGAGCUUAAAAAAGAGGGCCCUAUUGCAUCCCAGAGAUCUGUGUGGUGAGGGGCCCUCCAGUUGCCGAUCUUCUGCAAGAAGGAAGGUCAAAUACAGCUGCAGUAACAUUAUCCUAUGCCUUGGCCCUCAGUCUACAGACAGCUAGGGAUAGGAAUGCACGUUAGUUUGGAUUCCUGCAGGGCCGCCAAGUUUUGUUAGCUUUCUUGUAGAGUCACAUUUUGAACUGCACUAGCUCUUUGCUGGGGAGGGGGAGACCGCCAGCACCGGCAGCAGCACGGAGGGUGUAAGGUCUGAGCUCAGCCUCGUUGCGUGCCGUGUCUCAGGGAGGAUGCGACAAAUCCUGACCGCUUCUCCCCACCCGCCCCAGGAAGAACAGAGGGGCUGCUGCACACCAGGACCGGCUUUCCUUCUGGCAUUCCUGCAGCGGCUGGGAGCUCUAGCCUGAACUCUUGGGGUAGGGGUUAUUUUUGGAGAAAAGCCUAUCCUUUGUUGUUCGUUCUGAUUCUUUGGCAUGGGAAGCGAGGGGAUCUUUGCAUCUGGGGAUCUUGUUUGCUAGCUUAGUCCACCCAGCCUUCCGCUUUCUGGGAAAUAUCUGCUGACUAAAUUGAACUGACACGUAUUAAAAUAUACACCUUUCUGAGAAGAGGAGAUGCUCACAUUAUAGUAUCUAAAAGGGGGUUAUUUAUCAUCAAAUAGAAACAAGUAUAGAAUUUGGCUGUAGUCUGACUUUAAAAGAUGACUGAUUAAGGUUUCUAACUAGCAACGAUGUGGAUAGUAAAUCAUUAAUCAAACCUGCUGAUUUAUAAUGCCAAUGCUGGGAAUGUGUUAGCUCUUAAUCUCUCCCUAAAUUUAAAAUGAAGAGUGGGAAUGGUCCGAAGUGUGGUAAAACACUCUAUAAAGUAAUGUAGUCUAACACUUCUCUAGGUUUCUGUUAUUGCAACUGUAAUUUUAGACAUUUGUACAGGUUAUCUUGGACACAGGAAAAGUAUAUAGUCACAGACAUAAAACACCUAUGUAUAAAAUAUAAAGCAGUGUUAUAGUUACUAAAAAGGACAUGCCUUAUUGCUACAGCAAUUCUUGCUUUUUAUAUAUUGUACUGUACCACAACUUGUUUUGAGAAUGUCAUUUGCAUAAAUUAUUCAAGUUUGAGAAAUAUUCACACAUUUUGAUUCUACAAUAUUUAAAAUAAAACAAUUUUCUAAUGUGUCUCUUUAUUAAAAGAGAAAUAAAAAUGUCAUCUUGUAAUUCUCUUAGGCCAGACACAAGGGUUUAUACACCUUUUUUCUUCUUUCUCGCUAUUUACUUGCACAAUGAAAGCCGCUGUUGGUACAAAGAUUGAAGAGCUCUAUAUAAUGGUGCUUUACACAUUCACAAUCGGUCUGUGCAAUUGUGAAGUUCUAUGAAUGACCAAAGAAUUACCAAACAUAUUUUCUAAAUAUAAAGGAAAAAAAAAAAAAAA